AUGGAGAAUCCCACUCAAAGCCUCUCUGACCUGGCUACUAUAGUUCCUAACCUCUCCAAGACCACUCACAGUUUCAUGGCAGAAAUGUGGUCUGCCAUUCGGAAUCUGGAGAUACAAGUAGGUCAGCUGAGCAAGAGGAUACCCGAGACUCCCUCCAACACUCUUCCGAGAAACACUGAAGUAAAUCCAAGAAAAGAGUGCAAGGCCCUUACUAUAGAAGCUGAGGCUGAACCCAAGGAGGAGCCUGCUACUGAGGAACUGAAGGAGAUCAAGGCUCAGGAGGAGACUGGGAGUGCUACCAUGCAUGAUCCCAUAAAGAUGGAGAAGCAUGAGGAACAACCCUCUCCAAUUAUGCAAGAGGUGCCUAAGGAUGAGCAACUUGCUCAAUUCUUGGUAGUUCUCAGGAAGCUGCAAGUCAAUAUCUCUUUUGCAGAGGUGUUGAAGAAGCAACGCUCCUCUAUAGCCUGUCUGAAAAAUGCCAUCUCUGAAAGGAAGGAAUUGAGGGGAGAUGAGACCAUGGUACUAACCAAGGAAUGCAGCGCCUUGGUCCAGAAGAAGCUGCCUCCGAAGAUGCCAAAUCUCGGAAGCUUUCUGAUUCCUUGUACUACAGGGACCAUCACCUUUGAGAGGGUAUUAUGUGACCUUGGCUCUAGCAUUAACCUUAUGCCUCUCUUUGUGAUGAAGAAGCUGGGAAUUCAAGAGGUGCAGCCUAUCAAAAUCUCCCUAGAGAUGGUAGAUAAGCCCCUGAAACGGGCAUAUGGCUUGGUGGAAAAUGUUCUUGUAAAGGUUGAAGACAUUUACCUCCCUACAGACUUCGUGAUACUUGACACUGGAGAGGACAGAGAAAACUCCAUAAGGCCCUUCCUAGCUACUUCGAAGGCCUUAAUUGAUGUUAAAAAAGGAGAGCUAGUUCUGAAGCUAAGGGAGGAUCACAUCCUGUUUAAAAUCCCCAACCCCCACUCUCCAUCGGAUAUAGGAGGUACCACUGUGCAACACUGA